AUGCCUCCUGCCUGUGAAUAUGCCCCUCCAAAGACUCUCAAGGGUGCUCCUGUGCCAAAGUAUGAGGCAGUCAGUCCAGCAAGAGACCUCGAACACUCAACUUGUCACCUUUCACAAAUCCUUCAAGUUGAAUCAAAGUCAUAUCUUCCUGUGGAAAACUAUGUUGCUCACUUGUCUGAAAAGUUUUUCGAUUUUUGGCAAGUGCGCUUCGAUUUUGCGCAUUGGUACUACGACAUUGCCAAGGAUUUCCAAUACGAAGGCGAAAUCGUCAUUAUUGCACUGAGCUACUUCGACCGGUACAUGGCGCUGACCACAAAGGAAGAUCAAUACACUCCCAUGGAAAAUGAGCUGCAAGUGCUUGCUUUGACUUGCCUAUUUGUAGCAAUCAAAACCUUUUGUGACGCAACAGACGAGACAGAGUGUCUCGCAUCGAUUGCCGCCAUCGGGCGGUUCCAAAUGGAGGAAAUUGAAAAAGCAGAACUGUCCAUUUUGAAUAUGCUGGAGUGGAGAAUAAAUGUUCCUUCGACUUUUCGGUUCAUUGAGACGUUCGUUCGCUUAUUUCCCGAAUGGAAUGAUCAGUCAACCAAGUUUGCAUCUCGAGAACUUGUCCGCGGUUCCAUCUACAACAGUAGCUGCAUAUUUGCCACAGUUUUGGCUAUGGAUGGGACUUUGGUUUUCAAUUAUCGGUCGUCGGAACUUGCUUUCGCUUCCAUCGUCUGCGCUAUGUAUGCGCUGGAACGUCACAUUCGUAUGCGGAGCGAUGCCAAAUUCUAUUUCCUAGAAUUGCUCCGAGAACUUACGGGAUGGACUCCUACCAGCGACUUUGUGGGGGAUGCUUACGACACGUUGGUGACAUUGUUACCGUCCAUGGUUGGUGGCGAAUGCAAGCUCGACCCCUUUUUGAUCCAGCCCAUGCCAGACGACUACUUUCAUGAUGACUACGACUUUAAUGCGAUCAUCUAUCGAGCCGAGGACAUUCGGACUGUCGAUACAACGGUUCCAAAGCUGCUAAUGCUAGACAGUGAGGGCGAGCAGAAAAACGAGCCGUCUACGGAUGUCGAGGCUGGAGAAAUAUGGUAUGAAACAAUCCAUAGAACAAAUUCGAGAAGCAGGAAGAACACCCAACUAUCAAGAUUAUGGUCGGCUCUCUUUCGCCGAAAGAUUCGAAGCCGCCUACCGCAGUAA